UGCUUUAAAUUUGAUAGUUAACAGUAACCUCAAGAAAUUAUUUUAUAAAAAUGAUUCUAAUGACACCGAAAAACAUACUCAUGCUUUGUAGCAUUACAGUAUUAAUUACAAUACAAGCGAAUAGUAUAACAGUUCCACUGAAAAAAUUAACACUCGGUGAUACAGUAGAUAAAAUAAAUUUAAAUAAAACAUCCGCAGUAGUUUAUGGGAAUAUAAUAAAUUUUCAUGAUGAAACUCCAUCAUUCGUAAAAUCAUUAACGGAGUCUGUUAAUAAUCAUCCAACGUGGUCAGAAAUUGAGUACAGUUGUUCAAAAUCGUUGAGUUCACUUUUCAAUGACCCUGUUGAUGUAAUUAAUUCACCAAUAAAUUUAUUCAAUGUGUUCGACAAACAAAAAUUGAAUCAUGAAUCUUUUGGUAUUGAUAAGAAAUACUUAAACAAUAAAUAUACAUGCAUGUUUUUUGAGCUUUGUCAAUUUGAAAAGCAAAAGUAUAGAGACUUUGUUAAUUUGUUUGAUGAAAAAUUUUUUUCGAAAGAUAAGGAUGAUUAUUAUUACUAUAAUGAAAACCGUCGGGGUAAGAAACAUUUUGAUAUUCUCAAAUUUAAAAUACACAAUGAGACACAUUAUGUAUCUUCUAUUAACAAUGGCGACUGUUUAUUUCAGAUUUUUGUAUUCAACACUGAACCAGAAAAUAUUUCGAUUGAUUACAAAGAAAAAAUUCCUCAAUACAAGAGUAAAAUCUUAAUGGCAAGCAAUAAUAAUACGCUCGAAAAAAUUGUGAUCAACUAUUUGAAUAAUUACAAUAUUUUCCUCUUCAACUUUACAUCACACCCAUUACAAAUUAAGAGUACUAUUUUAAGUUACUUAAGAAAUGAUAAUGUUUUAAGUAUCGAACUAACUGCGCUUCCUAAAUUGCCAAGAUCUUUGAAAUCCAACGAAGGUGAUGGUAAAUUAUUAACCACAGACUCAAACUGGAUGCAAUUGAAUCCAGGAGACACUUUUAAUAUAAAAGACAUCAAAUCAGAUUCAAUAUUGAUAAAUGGUAACAUUUUGGAUUUUUUGUUUUUUGAUAAAUUUGACUACAGAAAUUUUAAUUACAACUAUCAAAUAACUAAUUAUUCUUACACAAAUUCGGAUGGUAAAUCACAGUGUCGUGAAUCGAUUGUAAAAUAUUAUAAUUAUGACAGUAAGAGCAAUUUUGAAAAGUUGACACCAUUCGAUUGCUAUUUACAAGAGGAAUUUUAUGGAAUAGACAAUAAAUUUUUAAAUGAAAAUUAUAAACGCGUUGAAAUAAAAAUUUGUCGAAUUAUUGAAGAAGAGAAAAUAAAAAUAGACCCUUUCGAAAUCGUUUAUUUGGAUGAACAGUUUAUAGAAUUUGAAUAUAAUGUAUUCGAUAAUGAAAAUGUCGUGAUACAAUUUCCAAAAGGAAACGAGACACAUUAUAUUUCGUCAAUUCAAUUUGGUGAUUGUUUGUAUCAGGCAUUAGUCUACAAACUGAACGGAAGGUUUACAGAAAAAUUGAUCCACGCAGGCAAAAUUUUAUCAGCGAGCAGAGAUAGUAAACUAGAAGAAUGGGUCAAAACUUAUUUUAUGGACAAUAAUUUGGAUCAAAUAUAUUAUAAUCAAACAAUCAAGAAUGAAGUUAUAGAAAAACUGGGAAACAAAGUUCUACUAAAUCUCAAUUUACGAUCAUUACGUGAAAAACGUUCUCCGCCAUAUUUAGAAUUUAUUCAAUUUAAUAAUUUCACAACCUUGUCACAUGACUUACCGACGAAAAUUUUCAAAAAUUCAUCACAAAAUUUACCCACAGUAACUUUAGAGAAAUUAGAUCCAAACUUUUCAAGCUCACUAAAAUCUUCUUUAUUUAAUAUUUUGUUACUACUAACUAUUAUGACAUUAUUAUUAGUUUAAUCAUACUCUAUACAUUACUUAUAAAUUGCAAGAUAUUUUGACAUAAAUAAAUACUAAAUAAGUCAACUUCAAAAGCAAGUCAGAAAUGAAUGAAACCCAAAUUUGAUUUUGACUUCCUUAGUGUCUAUUUAAGUCAUAAAUGUCAAUUUUGCUCUGAUUUCGAUUCAUAUCACGUAAAAUUUGAUCAAACAAUUUAAAUUUAAGUUAUUUUUCGAAACAUUGUCUCUAAAAUCUAUGAAUAUUUAGUAUAUUAUAGUAAAACUUAGUAAUGGCAGCUAACAACUCUAUUACACUGAUAGAAAUUUUAUAUUGACUCAAGAAAUAUUUUCUUGAGCCAAGACUUUAUUUCUGAAGAAAACCAAUUAUCUGCUUCAAGAAAUUCUUGUCUUGAUUUAGAUUUUCUUGGCUCUAAAGAUUUUUUAUCUUUGAUAGAUAACUCUCGUGUCUUGACCCGAAACUAUAUUAUUUUCAAUCGAUACUAUUGAAUUCUUCAAGCAAGACCACUAGUCUCUUCAACUAAAAAUGUCGUAUUAUUAUUUUAAGAACUUUAAAUUUUUGGUUCAAGCCCUCGCGGUUUUGGAAAUACUGAAAUAAUACCGGAAUUAUACGGUAUAAAUACUGCAUAAAUAUGGUAUUACUCGAGUUAUUUUAGCCAGUUUUUUUGCCGCAUUAUUACCAAAAAUUUACGAAAUAAAUUCCUAAUAUUAUCGGUAAUAAAACAGAAAAAAUACGGUAUUUUCACAGAAUUAAAACAGUAAUUAUACAGCAUAUUUAUAAUAUAUUUUCGGCAUUUUUGCAGCAUCAAACUGUUCUACCCGUAAAAAAAUGUAUAUAUAAUCAUAUAAAAUUUUAUUCAGUUAUAUAUAAUUUUAUAUAAUUAUAUAGAACCUUAUAAAGUUAUAUAUUAAAUAACUGUCAUGAAAAAAAAAUAAAAAUAAAAACACCCGUUAACUCGUGGACUCAAUCCCGAGACCUACUUGUUCAAAGUCUGAUCUGGUAGCCAUUAUGCCAAAUUACUUACUUGAAAUAUGUUACUAAUUGUAUUCAGAUGGAUACAAACAAACUUAAGAAAAUUGAAAACAUCAAUUUUCACAGAUAGUUAUUUUCACUUACAUGUUUUUGUUUGAGUAAGAAUUGUGUGAAUCAAUAAAAUAAAAUAAAAAAUAUUACAUUUUGCAUAUUUUCGAUGAUUUUAAAUGCAGAAGCGAACAAAAAAUUAAACCAUAUUUUUUUACAAUUUUCUAUUUUAUCAGCGUAAAUCUGGCGAAAUUGCAGGAUACUGACGGUAUUAUUGUCACAAAAACAACGAUUUUAUUAUUAUAACAUUAUCGUAUUAUAGUUUUUAUACAGCAUUUUAUUGGUAAAAGUUCGGUAUUCUUGUAGUUUUUUUACAGUAUUUUUUCGGUAAAAGUUCGGCAUUUUUAUAGUAAUAUUACUGUAGUAAUCUGGUAACUCUACAGCAUAAGUGCAGUAAGUAUAUGGCAUAACUGCAGGAAGAAAACUGGCCAAAAUAACCAUUUUAAUACCAAAUUAUUACGGUAAAUUUACGGCAUGUGCAUAAAUCCCGAAAAUUUACGGCAUUCGCAAAACUGCGAGGGAGUAAUGAUUCCUUGAUGAAAGAUGUUUUUAAAGUAAUGAAAAAAAAAAUUUUUUUUUUAAAUAAAUUUCUACUUUAACAUAUCUGAAGUAAAUAAAUGUAGUCCUAAAAAAAUCACUUUAAAAUUUUUUAUUUUUAAAAUAAAAAAAAAAGUUUUUUUUCAAGCUGAGUAAAUUGAUAUCUUGAUUUAAAAAUCGUGCCAUUCUCGAAACAAGUCAGUAAUAUUUUAAACCUUCAUUUUGCCUAUCUUAAUCCAAAAGCAAGAAAUUCUUAAGCGAAAUAUGUCAGAAUUUUGGUUCAAAACAAAAAUGGCUUCAUCGCAGAAUAAAAUUCUCAAAUGAAUAAUUUUUUUUCUCUGGCCGAGACUUUCAAUUUUUUUGGUUCAAAGACUUAUUUCUUGAAUUAAAACAAUUAAAAAUUUUGAAACAAGAACCACAUUUUGAAGAAAAAAUUUUUUUGAAUCAAGAUAGUUUUUCUAUCAGUGUACUAUUAAAACAUUGAGUAUUGUAUUUAAUUACAAAACUUAUCAAUUUUUAUCCUGUAAAAAUAUUAUUGUAAAAUAUGCGAAAAUUUCUAUAUGUAGUAAUUUCUGUAUGUUAUAUUAAUAAAAUAAUUUUAAUAAUUACAUAGUAACUAAUCAUCAUACACUUGUUAAUUUGUCGAUGACAGAUAAAAGAAAUCGUUUGAUUUGUAACAUAUGUAAAAGAUAGCGCAUUCAAAUUUAAAAUAUUGACUCGUUUAAUACAAUCGAUAACCCGAUGGGGUAUGAGUAAAAUAUAUCGAAAUAUAUCGAUUGAAAACUCGAACAAUAUCAAAUAAAAAUUAAUUCUUGCGGUAGUACUGCCGAAAUCGAAGCAACUAUUCGAUUGUUCAUAAUUGAAUAGAAUCGACUGAAGACAAUCGAUUGUGGUAAUUAAUCGUUUCUGAACAAUCGACUAUUGACAUAAUCGAUUUAAAAAAAAAAACCGAUUUUUUUCUCUCCUAACUUUAUAGUUGCAGAAUCGAUAGCUUAACAAUUGAUUGUGUAAAAUCGAUUUUAUAAUUUUUUGUUCAAAAUAAAAAAACGAAUAUGGGUCCAAAAUCACAAAUUCAAAAUUAUUAAUAUUUACAUUAUUUGACAGUCGAUUAUUUGCUCACAACUUUAAAGUUGCACAGUCGACCAUCUAACAAUUUAUUUUGAAAAAUCGAUUUCGGAAUUUUAUUUUAAAGUUAAAUAUCACCACAUACAAAUAUAAGUUUGUAUUUCAUCGAAGUAUGAAAU